AUGUCCUCUACCGCUCUGGUUCACGACGACGAGGCCCUUGAGCCAACCCUUCAAUCCAUUCUCGACCAGAAAACGUUGCGAUGGAUCUUUGUUGGAGGUAAAGGUGGUGUUGGAAAGACAACAACGUCGUGCUCGCUCGCUAUACAACUGUCCAAGGUCCGGAAAUCCGUGCUUUUGAUUUCGACCGACCCCGCGCACAAUCUCAGCGAUGCUUUCGGGCAAAAGUUUGGAAAGGAAGCCAGACUCGUCGAUGGAUUCACAAACUUGAGUGCGAUGGAAAUUGAUCCCAAUGGAAGCAUUCAGGACCUGCUAGCAACAGGCGAGGAGGGCCAGGAGGAUCCAUUAGCGGGGCUUGGGAUGGGUGGCAUGAUGCAAGACCUGGCUUUCAGCAUUCCUGGUGUUGACGAAGCAAUGUCGUUUGCCGAGGUCUUGAAACAAGUCAAGUCGCUGUCCUACGAGGUCAUUGUGUUUGAUACAGCACCAACCGGUCACACUCUUCGCUUCCUGCAGUUCCCUACAGUGUUGGAGAAGGCUCUUGCAAAAUUAUCUCAGCUUUCCAGCCAAUUUGGACCAAUGCUGAACUCCAUACUCGGCUCUCGCGGUGGGCUUCCUGGGGGACAGAAUCUCGAUGAGCUGAUGCAAAAGAUGGAAUCUCUUCGGGAGACUAUCAGUGAAGUCAAUACACAGUUCAAAAAUGCAGACAUGACUACAUUCGUUUGCGUUUGCAUUGCAGAAUUCCUGUCGCUCUAUGAAACCGAACGGAUGAUCCAGGAGCUGACCAGCUACUCUAUUGACACACACACAAUCGUCGUCAAUCAGCUAUUGUUCCCUAAGAAUGACAACCCGUGUGAACAGUGUAACGCGCGGAGGAAGAUGCAGAAGAAAUAUCUCGAGCAGAUUGCGGAGCUAUACGAAGACUUCAAUGUUGUGAAGAUGCCUCUGCUCGUGGAGGAAGUGCGAGGAAAGGAGAAACUAGAAAAGUUCAGCGAGAUGCUAGUGAAGCCUUACGUGCCACCAAAUUAG